AUGACUGGGCUUGGAUUAGAUUUCAUCCUCAAAACACAGUUUACUAAAGAAGCAGGGAGCCGAGCGGGAGAGGGGGUACCGCAGAUUGCCGUUGUCAUCACAGACGGCCAGUCACAGGAUGAGGUUGGUCCACCUUCAGACGACUUGAGGCGUCGUGGAAUCGUACUCUACGCUAUUGGCAUCAGAGACGCGGACAUAGAACAGCUGAGGAAGAUCGGCAGCGAGCCACAUAACCAACACGUGUACAUGGUCUCGGACUUCAGCGCUCUGCAAGGGUUUGCGGAUGUCUUUCUCCUGGUGGACAGCUCAAUAAAGCAACAGACCCUGGUUAAGAACCUUCUUACUCAGCUGCAAAACCAGCUCAAAAUCAGUAUUGACAACAAUCACAUGGGCUUGGCCCAGUUCAGUGAUGACGUCAAUGUAGAGUUUUAUCUUAAUCAGUACAAAUCCAAACGAGACAUUCUUCAAAAAAUCAAGAGCUUCAGACUGAAACCUGGUGAUUUAAGGAGAAUUGGAGCAGCACUGGAUUACGCCCGCACUAAAUUGCUCACCCCAGAGACCGGAGGUCGACUCUACCCGGGUUUCAGGCAGUACCUGGUCCUCAUGGUGGCAGGAGGAUCAGAUGAUAGUGUGUACAGACAAUCACAGCUGCUCAGAGACCAGGGUGUUACAGUGAUUACAGUCGGGUUUGAUAACGCAGACCCCAUGGAAAUGCAGAUCAUCGCCACGAAGCCCUCUCUGUCCAAGACAAUGGGGAACACUGACCAGAUAAUUCAAGACAUCAGGACUAAUGUUGAAACAUCAGGAGAACUAAAUGUUGCCAACGAAUGUGAACAAUCCACGGUGUCAGAUAUUGUAUUCAUUGUGGACCAAUCCAUCGCGACAGACCGUGAAGAAUUUCAGAUUGUUCUGAACUUCCUAUACAACAUUCUAGCUGGUCUGGACAUCAGUUCAAACAAAGUUAGAGUGGGUGUAGUGCUAUAUGGUGACGAACCCAAAGCUGAAAUAUACUUUAACACCCAUAGGAAUAAAGAGAACAUCCUUCAUCACAUCAAGAAACUUCCUUAUGUGAACACAACCACUGCAGACACUAGGAAGGCACUGCUCUUUGUGAAGAGUGACGUGCUCACCACCAAGAGAGGAAGUAGGUUCAUGACAGCUGUUCCUCAAGUUGCUGUUGUCAUCACAACCGGGCAUUCCACAAGUGAUGUCAGAGGUGCAGCUGUGGAAUUGCAGAGGUUUGGGCCUGGACUGAAGGUCUUCGCAGUGGGAGUGAAGAACAUGAACUUGAAAGGACUGGAGCAUAUCGUGUCAUAUCCAAUGCCAACCUUCCUCUUCACUGUAGAAGAACUAGCAAAUCUCGUCUCCAUACAGAAAUAUGUAAGAACAAGCAUUUGCCAUGUAACUGUAAACCCUCAAAGCAGGAAAAGACCUCUCUAUCCUGGAACGUCUGGAGUAGGUGUCCCUGGGAUUACUUUGAUCAGGACAGAGCCUUUGAAAACAGGUUGUUUUAAAACAGAACAAGUAGAUCUGUAUUUCUUAGUUGAUCAGUCUUCAAGCAUUCAGCAACCUGAAUUCGAGGAGAUGAAAAAGUUUAUUCAAGAGUUUUUGAAUGUUUUUCAAAUUGGGCCCAACCAGGUCCGUGUAGGUCUGGUUAAAUUUUCUGACACAGCAGAAAUCCAGUUCAAUCUUGUGGAUACGACAGAUAAGGCCGCAAUUGAACAUACAGUUCAAGGCCUUUUUUUGGAUGGGGGAAAUACAUUCAUGGGUAAAGCGCUACAGAAAAUGCAAGAACUAUUUCAACAAGCAAAAGAGAACCGAACAGAUCCAGACAUACCAAGGAUACUGAUCAUAAUCACUGAUGGAGAAUCAACUGAUGAAGUAGCAAAACCUGCUGCAGAGCUGCGUGACCAAGGAGUCGAUAUCUAUGCAAUCGGUGUGAAAGAUGCAAAGGAAAGCGAACUGCUGGAGAUCUCUUGUGAGAAAAGCAGGACUUUCUCUCUCAGCAGCUUCGAUGCCUUAUCCACGACCGAAGAUGCUAUCGUUCAGCAGAUGUGUUCCAGAAAAGCUUGUAAGGAUGUGAGAGCAGAUGUCAUCGCACUGGUGGAAUCUUCGGCCAUGAUUUCGCCAGCAGACUUUCAUAACAUGACACACUUCAUCAAGUUCCUGAUGGAUCAGUUUGAGCUUGGGCCUGAUGCGGUGCGAAUGGGCCUGGUGCAGUACGGCACAGAGCCAAAGCUACUGUUCCGGCUCAGUGGUGACAACAAGCACGACAUGAUAACGAAAAUCGACGCCAGCAUGGUUGAAGUGGGAGGCGGCACUGCGGAGACUGGCAAAGCACUCAGAUACGUUUCGCAGCUUUUUGACCCUUCGAAGGGAUUGGGCGGCCGUCCUGGCGUCCCACACAUCCUGGUCGUCGUAUCUCAGGGGAAGGCGACGGAUGCCGCUGCUGCCGCUGAUGUCGCUGAUGCUGCGGAGAGGUUAAAGGGGCAAGGAGUCCUCAUCUAUGCUGUUGGCAUCAGCAAUGAAGAAAACCGUGAAGAUACGUUCAUACUGGGCAGUGGUGUCUCCAACAAGCGCUUUUUACUGGAGGACUUCAGUGAGCUUCAGGCAAAGUCAGAGCAAAUUGGGGCUGACAUCUGUCAUUUCUAGCCGCCUUAGAGGCCGUUGAGGCUGUUGAGGCUGACAUCUGUCAUUUCUAGCCGCCUUAGAGGCCGUUGAGGCUGUUGAGGCUGACAUCUGUCAUUUCUAGCCGCCUUAGAGGCCGUUGGGGCUGACAUCUGUCAUUUCUAGCCGCCUUAGAGGCCGUUGGGG